CCGGGAGAGGCUCGCAUCUGGUGCCUGUACCCGGAGGACCGCGCCCGCAGUAGCUGGGAAGCAGGUCCGGGUUGCCGGGCCGGAAUGUGCCCUCCCCCUCGCCUCCCCCACUUCCAACCCCCGCCAACUUUCGGCUGCUGCGACGGAAGCAGGAACUUGCGAACCACAACGCAGCUGGGCCGGGUGGGAGCUGCGGAGCAUCCCCUGCUGUCCACACCGAGACCCUCGCGCGGAGUCGCCGCUGCUUCCCCGCAAGCGCGCGGGAGCCGUCCACGCACGGGUGGACCCAGAGGCUCCGGGGUCCCCUCGCCGCCAGAGAGAAAUUCUGUCAUCCGUGCAAUCUUCUUGAUGCAAACGAAGACCAAAGGAAGGGUUAUCCUUGACCUUUGAGGACUUUAAUACCGAAAUUUAAAAUGUUCUUCAGGGAAGAACGGAGCUUGACCUACACUUGUAUAAUCAUUGGUUUCCUGACAGUCAGGCUGUCUGCCAGUCAUAAUUGUCCUACUCAGAGUCUAGAAGAUGUUGUCAUUGACAUCCAGUCAUCUCUUACUAAGGGAAUCAGAGGCAAUGAGCCCAUACAUACAUUAACUCAAGAAGACUGCAUUAAUUCUUGCUGUUCAACAAAAAACAUAUCAGGGGACAAAGCGUGUAACUUGAUGAUCUUCGACACUCGAAAAACAACUAGACAACCCAACUGCUACCUAUUUUUCUGUCCCAGUGAGGAAGCCUGUCCGCUGAAACCAGCGAAGGGUCUUAUGACUUACAGGAUAAUGAGAGAUUUCCCAUCAUUGGACGAACCCGAUUUGCUGAGCCAGAGAGUCACUCCCAUACCCCCUCAUCCAACAGGUUAUUCAACGCCCACGGGUAUCUUAUGGAGAGAUACAUUUUCUCAGAAGUUCAGAGCCUCAGAUCACUUGGAGAAACUACUCAAGAUUGACCCAUUGAGUACACCGUCCCCUGUUUAUCAAGAAAAAGGGCAUUCUCAGAGUUCCCAGUCUUCCUCAGGACAGAGAAUAGGUCAUCGGCUGCCUGAAAAUGUGACGACAUUCCCCAUCACAGCAGCUGCUGCUGCUCUACGGACCGUCUCCGCCGCUCCAGAGCCCCGGUCUCUCUUCCCCACCAGUGCUCCAGCCACGCCGUCUGUGCCUUCUCAGCCACAGGUGGCCACCACAGCUCCGCCCGCAGCCACGGUCACGUCUCAGCCUCCCACAGUCAUCUCUACCACUCUGACACGUGCUGUGGUUACACCCCAAGCUAACAUGACCACAACAGCACUUCCAACCACCACCUUUCAGGCACCUACAGACUUGACAGGCCCGCCAGAAACGAUGCCCUUCAGAGAAAUUCCCAACCUAACGGUGACCCCAGAGAAGGUCCGUAACCCGGCGACAGGUCUUUUGCCAAAUGGGGGUUCUUCCGCUACGAAUAAAACUGCUCCCCAGGAAAAUGGGAAGACCAGUGUAGGCGGCUCCUCCCAGCGCGGUGUUCCAGAGAGUCAACCCGGCCUUCCACACGAAAAGUGGCUCCUCAUUGGGACCCUGCUCUUUGGGGUUCUGUUCCUCACAAUAGGCCUGGUCCUCUUGGGCAGAAUGCUCUCGGAAUCCCUGCGUAGGAAACGCUACUCGAGACUUGAUUAUUUGAUCAAUGGGAUCUACGUUGACAUCUAAGGACAAAGCUGCAUGUCUCUUAAUUCAGGUGGUUCCUAGUAGCCCACGCGCAGUGAGUUUCUGCUAACUUCGCUGAUCUUAGGAUUUUUGAAGGUAUUUUAAAUACGGUCAAGAGUGCACCCCCCUACCACUUUCCUUUUUCUUUUUUUUAAGGGGGGAAAAGAAAACAAAUUAGGUAAUCUGUGUGAUCUGUCUCUAAAAUAUUAGCUGAAAACAAAGCUUUACCUAAAGUAAUAAUGUAUAAUUGCCAUAUAAAUUUGAAAAAUUGACUGUUUUUUUGG